ACAGCACCACCUGCUGGAGAAACAUUUCAUCACAGCAUGUCAGACUGGACAGGGAGUGGGAGGAAGAGAAACUGAAAGUUGAAAGUUGAGUUGAAACGCCAUUACAGGGCGUGAGAUCUCCGAUGAAAACAAAUAUCUGGACGAUUUAAAGCAGAAAUCUGUGAAUUCUGGUGAAACCAAAUAUUAUUAUAGUUAUUGUUAAUCUGAGUUUUAUUAUAAAAUGGCUGAAAGAGCUGUGAUUCAAGAUUAUCUGAGCUGCUUCGUUUGUUCAGAGACUUUCAGAGAUCCUGUGUCUCUGAGCUGCAACCACAGCUUCUGUUCAAGCUGCCUGCAGACGUUCUGGAAACAAGCUAACAACAGAAACUGUCCUGUUUGUAAACGAAGAUCAUCAAAGGACAUAUUAGUGAAUUUUGGACUGAAGCAACUUGCUGACUCUUUUGCUGGGAGGCAGAAAUCUGGAUCAUCUGAGACAGAAAAAGGAGAGAAGACGUUGCAGGUGGUGUGCAGCAAACAUCAGGAAGAGCCUAAACUGUUCUGUGAAGACGAGCAGAGAGCUGUGUGUCCUGUCUGUGACUUUUCUCUCCACCAGAGUCACAAAGUGGUUCCUGUAGAACAAGCAGUCAGUGAGCUGAAGGAGCAGCUGGAAUCGGACUUAAAGUCUCUGCAGGACAAGAGGAACAAAUACAAACAAGUGGAGGAAACAUACGAUGAUGCGAUUCAACACUCCAAGAAGCAGCUGGUGUCCACAGAGAGACAGAUCAGAGCAGAGUUCAACAAGCUCCACCAGUUCCUGAAAGAGGAAGAGGAGUCCAGACUGGCAGCUCUGAGGGAGGAAGAGGAGCAGAAGGAGAAGACUAUCAGCAGAGAGAUGAAGAGGAUUCAGGAGCAGAUCUCCUCUCUGUCAGACAGCAUCUCUGCUGUUGAAGACCAGCUGCAGAAAGACAACGUGGCGUUCCUCAGCAGCUAUAAAGACACUCGGACCAGAACCAGAACCCAGAGCUCAGUGUCAGAUCCACAGCUGGUCUCAGGAGCUCUGAUAGAUGUGGCCAAACACCUGGGCAACCUGUCCUUCAGAGUCUGGGAGAAGAUGAAGGACAAGGUCCACUUCAGUCCUGUCGUCCUGGACCCAAACACUGCAGAGGGCCGGUUGUACCUGUCUGAUGAUCUGACCCGUGUGAGACGUGGAGACACAGAGCAGCAGCUUCCUGAUAAUCCAGAGAGAAACACCAAGUAUACUGAUGUUUUUGGUUCUGAGGGCUUCAGCUCAGGGAGACACAGCUGGGAGGUGGAGGUGGGAGAUCUUCCUGUCUGGAGUGUUGGUUUGGUUAAAGAGACAGUGGACAGGAAGGGAGAGCUAAAAGCUUCACCAGAAUAUGGGAUCUGGUGUAUAUGGUAUGCUGGUGGAAAAUACACUAAUGGUUCUGGUCAAAUUAUCUCAGUGAAGAAGAAUCUCCAGAGGAUCAGAGUCCAGCUGGACUACGACAGAGGGGAAGUGUCCUUCUACAACUCUGAAGACAUGUCUCACAUCUGCACUCACAGAGACACUUUCACUGAGAAAGUUUUCCCUUAUUUCCGUGUUUAUCCAGCUGGAGCUGCUAAAACCUCUCAGAUCAAAAUCUGUGACGCUGAGAUU